AUGGAUACUCUUCAAGUGCCAGGUACCACUGGAAAGCCGAGCCAAACCCAGGAGGGGUCCUCCGGUGCGAUCAGCCCCGAUACCCUCUCUUUCUUUAAGGAUAAGGUGAAGAGUCGUCGUGACCAGCUUGCCCGUCAUUCGCACCUUCCGCCCCCAUCAGCCGCCCAGCUCAAGAAGACGGCCGAAGCAGCUACUGCAGCGGCCAAUGCAUUAGGGUCGGUGCAUAACUACAACGAUGUAACAUCUGACAUCUCAGAGGUUUUCCCGAAGUCUCUACAGAGCGCACACGCCUUUGAGGCAGCCGGCCUGAAUGACAAGGAGACCCGGGAAAAACUGGCUCUAGAACUCCGGAAGAAAAAGAUCCUGAAUACAGCCGGAACAUUCCGGCUCCACAUGUACGACCUAACAGAGUCCAUUGCUUUUAACGGGCUUAUCUUGGGGGUGAUUCUACUCAAUACAGGGAUCAUGUGUGCUCUUACCUACGACACGGUGGCCGUUCGGGCAGGAUGGCAUGCCGUUGUGUUGGACCACGUGUUUCUGGUCAUCUAUUUCAUAGAAUGUGUCCUCAAGUUGUACGUGUGGCGAUUGGACUAUUUCAGAGAGCACUGGAAUAUAAUUGAUUUUACAAUCGUAGUUGUUAACCUCGCCGACUUCAGCAUUUCCACUUUGGUUGGUAAUGACGUCAACAUUCUCAACUUUAUUGGCAUCUUUAGAGCGAUGAGGGCGCUGAGAGCUCUGCGGGUACUCCGUACAGUUAGAUUUUUAAAGAGUCUACAGGUGAUAAUGAAUACGUGUCUCCAAUCAGUGCAGUCUAUGGGCGCCAUAACCAUGCUCAUCUCACUGUUUCUCUAUAUGUUUGCCGUGAUUGGCAGAGGUCUGUAUGCCGAUGUAGACCCGAAGCGAUUUGGUAACCUCGGCUCGGCGAUGUUCACACUCUUUCAGCUUCUAACGUUGGACGACUGGUUCUACAUCUACUCGGAUGCCGUCGCCAAAGACCCAGGUUACUUUCACAUCAUCUUCUUUCUGGUACUGUACAUUGCACUGGAGUACUUCAUAUUUCUGAACUUAUUCGUUGCUGUACUGGUGGAUAACUUUCAGCUGACCCUGGAGGCAGCAGCGGCAAAGGAAGCUGAACGCAAGGAAGCUGUGAUAUUGGAAGAGGAAGAGCCAGACGACGACCAUCCACAUGUUCAACCUGCUUUAGUCGAUACUGUGUCUUCAGAAGACCUCUUCAAAACCAAGAAAAGCUUUGAUGAUUAUUAUGCACAGAAUGAAUACUCAGACAUUGACAGACAGUAUUUGGCACACUGCUUCCGUUUGUUGGCAUCAUUGGAUUAUAAUGGGAACUUAGCCAGAAACCAGCAAGGGACACUGGAUCAAAUACUUGAAGUGGUCCAAGAGACGACUGAUGAUGCUUGA